AUGUCUCGGACGGCGACUGUGAGAAGAUACGGCAAGGCCGCCAGGAAGCCGCGGGUCGAUCUCUUCGCAGAGCUUCCCAAGAGCAGUCCGAUCAAGAGCGUAGCCAUUACCGAUGUAGAGGACCCUGUCGACCUCAUCACCGAGCAACUCACGAAUGUGCGGUUGGAGGAUGUCCAAGUCGAGCGACAGGAGCACUCCAUUGUUCUGGUAACCCCCGAUGUGACCGCCAAGUCCGAGGAGACCAAGCAGCAAGAGCAACAGCUAGAUGGUCAGCUCGACGUCGAGGACGGGGAUGAAGCGGAUGAGACCCUGCGCCUUCUGACAUGGUCAGACUUGUGUCCACCAGGAGACAAGAUCCAGAAGAUUGCAGAAGCCUCCUUCGCCGAGGUCUACCGAGUCUCUAAUGAGCGCGGCACCAGUAUUCUCAAAGUCAUAAGGCUCGAUUCACCAAUCAAGCCUAAGACCAAGCAACAAGAGAAAAGCGGCCUGGUUGACGAGGAGCCUCACACCGAGAAUGAUCUGCAGGGCGAGCUCCUGAUCUCCGAGUGGCUGGCCGACAUUCCCGGUUUUGUUGUUUACAAGGAGAGGUAUUUCGUCAUGGGCAAGACUACCAAGGGUCUCCUCGAAACACAUCAAACCUUCCACCGGAAGCUCAAACGGCAAGACCCUGAUCGACUCCAGUUCUAUCCCUCGCCAAGCCGAUACCUUGACGGCACCAAAUUCCUCGUGGUCGAGUUGGGCGAUGCAGGAAAGGCUCUUGAAGAUUUCCCUCUGUCUUCAAUAUCACAAGUGUGGGAUAUUUUCCUCCUUGUUGCGAUUGCCUUGGCUCGUGCUGAGGAUCAAUUCAAAUUCGAACACCGAGAUCUUCACGAGGGCAAUCUAUGCAUUCGCCAAGUCGGCGAGCCCAGAACCAAAACAGACGAUUCUUCGGUGCGAUUUGGUUUCUCCGGCUUGGACAUCACCAUCCUUGACUACGGUCUGUCAAGAGCCGAGAACGAUGAGUCUGAGGGCGUACAAUCCGUUGCCUUUGACCUCGAAAAGGACUUGGGAAUCUUUACCAGCACGCAUGCACCGCAGUGUAAAGUGUAUCGACAAAUGAGAUCAUUCCUCCUUAAAGGAGACCGCGUACACUUGCCAUCGGAGUCGCAUUGCAAGCCAUAUGAUGAUGGACCAGACGGGCCCAUCUCGUGGAGCGAGCACCAUCCCUACACCAACAUCCUGUGGCUGGCGUAUAUCUACAGCUAUCUCAGUCGGCACUUCCAGGGCGAGAAGAGGGCCCUGACGCAUUUCAAGAAAGUGACCAAAGAGCUUUGGUCGCAUCUCGACCCGGAUGCGCCGCUCGACAUACUGUCGUUCUCGAGCGCCACGGAUGUUGUCCGAUAUGCCGUCGAAGCCGGCUGGCUCACCGAGGCACAGCUUGCCGGCGAUAGGGACAUCGGGCAGUUCGCAGAGGUCCCUGACGAGAGCCAUAAUGAGAGCAUCUUUGAGGUGCAGACCGCGGACAGGUCUGAAGCCGACUUGCGACGCUCACCGCGGAGACGAACCAGACGUGUGUUAUAUUAG